AUGCUAUCAUCUUCUCGGCCCGGGCAGCUCAAUCAGAACCUGCGAGACCCAGUGCAGCCUCAAGACUACCAACAAAAUACCAGGCUACAACCCUCUGACGAUGUUAAUGAAGGUCGCGCCCGUCGCACAUCCCACAACAAAGUGGGUGAGCACGCAAGACGGGUAAUCAAACACAAAAAUAAGCAGAAAUACGACGAUGACCCAGAUCGGGAUUACAUAAAGAAAGGUCUCGAUCAGCUUGAUUACCAGGAUCUUAAUGACGAUGACUUGAAUUACUCGCAACCACAGAGUAACGAAGAGGUGGAAUCACUCGACCAGCUAAAGGCUGAUACUGAGGAACGAUUAGAGUGGCAGUCUAUGCUGGCUUCCGUUAUCCAAGGCGAGGUUCUUAAGUCGGAGAAGUCACGCAUGAUUGGUAACCUCACAAAAAACGAGAAUGAGAAUAAAGCCAACUACCAGUACCAGCUUUGGCUUGGUAUACGCGCUAAACUCAAAGGCAAAUCCGUCGACGAUGAGCUCACAAAUUUGGAGGAAUGUCGUGAGGCUGUUGACGACAUUCUGUAUCAGGUUGUCUCAUUCAAAGCUGCUGCAAUCGAUGACGAUCAAUCGAAAGAAGAAAAACAGAAAAACAAUAGCGAAUCUUACAUUACCCCUUCUAUCAUCCCACACAGCCUUCUCACCCCUACAACAAAAUCUGCAAUCACUCAAAUCGAAAAUCUCCUCAAUCAGAUCGAUUUCGUUGAAUCUCUCUACCCCAACACUAAAACCUUAGAAGAGGCAAAACCCUCUUAUGCUUCAAAAGACUUUAAAGACAAACUAAACGCCCUCUGCUCUUACGUGACUGUCGUCAAGACGCUCCGUGCUACUAUACAAACCCUGCGCGAUUGGACUGGCUCAAUGAACCUCGACGUCACCCACACAACUGAAGGUGAUACUCCUCUCUCAAUGCCUCCCUUGAUUUCCAACACCUCUCAAGAGAGUGUCGAAAGAUCCAUACGUACCGAAGACUCAUUUAAGCAGAACGUAGAAAAAAGGCGCAGACAAACCGAGCCUAUGACUUUUAUCGAGAAGCUCCUAAAGGAGGAGUCUUUCGACACGCUAUUCGAAAGACGCACCAUCAUCUCCCUCACUAUUGUCCUUGAUAGGGCAAAAGAGCUGCAUAUUAACUGGCGACACAUCUUUGAAGGAUUCAAUUUGCCUGCCUUUGAUAACGAGCUGGUUAUUCUCACUCGCUUCCCCUCCAAGCUCAUGCAGGAAGCUCUCAAAGUGCGCCUCGAGUACUCUGCUAAAGUCAGUGAUCCGACGGGGUUAGUCAUUGACCAACUCCUUGAUGAUUUUAGAUCUGCUCUUUCACAGGCGGUUUACAUCAAACGCAAAUACAACGAGUAUAACACACGCAUUGUCGAUGAAUCCAAUGGCAUGGUUAGGUGGGAGUUACCUAGUGAAGAAUUUUCCCAAUACGACUCGGUCCUACUCAAGACUGUCCAGCAAUUCUUCAAACUCAUACUCACUAAACUCAAGAGUGGAAGCAAGGCGCUCUACUUCAAAGAAACGGAUAUUCUUGAAGACCAGUGGAAUUUCCUGUUAGAUAUUGUGGAAAACAUCGAAGGCGCAGACAUUGUGGUUGCUGAAAAAUUCUGCUCUCUCACCAACCGUCUGAUGAAGCGUAUUGCAAAUUACUUUGAGACCCAGCUCAAGUCUAUCGAUGUCACUACGAUGGAGCACAAUGAGACUCUAUUCUGGUACAGCACAAUACUGGAAAAUGUUAGAUUGAGAUAUAGAAAGCUGCACAGAUUUAGCAAACGACUAGCACUGCGUUUUGACAACUCAGCAGAAUACAAUCUCGAAGAUUUUGACCUAAAUGUCUUUGUCGAGACGCUCGUAUCUACGAACCACUUUCUCGUCUACUCUGAAUACCUAGCCAGCAAGAGUAUCUACGUUAUCGCCGACAGCCAGCUUGCCGAUCGAUCUGACCUGAUCUUCAAUCUUCUUACGCGCGCCUUCCUCUACCAGGACAAACAAGCACAGGCGGAUAUAUUCAACGAACCCGAGGCGCGCUACUUGCUAAUAAUAUCACCGCGCAGCCCUUUCUUCUGGAAUGGACCAAUCAUGGAGAUAGAUUUGGGUAUUGUAGAUGUUGAGCUCCGCGAUAGUCGUAUCAGACUAAUAGCCGACGGGCCAACGAACCAUCUGCGUAGAGCCAAGGAGAAAUUUGUAUCUAUUUGGAUGGGCGGAAGUGAGGAGGAUGUCAACAACGACAUCAUCACUCAGCCUCCUCCAUCCUUCCCAUUCAAGGUGAUGGCGCAGGAGCAAGUUGGCUUGCCAAAGGUAGACAGGGAGCUGCGCAAGAUAUCACUUGCAGCGUACAGGCUCACUCUGGCUAUAGGCACGUCACCGAUACUUCUACGCAAGAAGCUCUACGGUAUUCCCAACAGACAAGAGACGCUGUCGAAUUGGUACUCAUUCGCAGCCGAGCACGGCCAACAUGCCCUCAAGUACAUGGAAUCACCCGCAUCUGAGAAUUUCAACAAGGUUCUUAUGAAACUCGCUAUUGACUGGCUCGCAUUCAUUUGCGAGGAUUGUAUACCGACUGACCGCAAGACAUUCAGGUGGGCGGUUAAUGCACUCGAGACGUCGAUGUCUAUUUCGCAAAAUGGCAACAUACUCGAACUGAAGUCGGUUGAUUUUGAAAACCUCCGCGAGAAAGUGGCAAUGUGCAUGACGCUUCUUGUUUCCCAUUUCGAUAUUAUGGGCGCACGUUCUUCCUACGAGGCUAAGAAGGAGAGAGAGGCCAAAGACGAAGCUAGGCGGAUGCGCAUGCUCUCUUCGCUCAAUUUCGAUGAGAAAAACGGUCGUUAUGGUCAGUUCCUCAGCGACGCAGGCUGGUAUAAAUCUUUCGACGGAACUACAAAUUCAGUGAGGUACUUCAUGGAGGAGUCCAUGCGCGGUAUCUAUGCGAUUGAGAAUAAGAGACGCAUUCUUGAAAAAGAUCAGCGUCUAGUCGGUCGCGUACUCGACACUGAGAAGCUCGGUGAUAGAUCGCUCGUCUUGCUCGCCAACGCCGCCUCAAAUAUCUCUAUCCGCUGGCAGCAAGGUAAGCUCAUCGGCGCUGGUACAUUCGGCAGUGUCUACUUAGCCGUUAACCUCGACAAUGGCGGUAUCAUGGCUGUCAAAGAGAUACGCUUCAUCGACGUCAAUGAUCCUGGUGUCCUCUAUAAGCAGAUCCACGACGAGAUGAAAGUGAUGGAGAUGCUCUCACAUCCUAACAUAGUAGAGUAUUAUGGUAUAGAAGUGCAUAAAGAGAAGGUAUACAUAUUCGAAGAAUUCUGCCAGGGCGGAUCGUUAGCUGGAUUGCUUGAGCAUGGCAGAGUGGAAGAUGAGAGUGUUGUGCGAGUAUACGCGUACCAGAUACUUGAAGGACUGCAAUACCUCCACUCAAACAGUGUCGUCCAUCGUGAUAUCAAGCCUGAUAACAUACUGCUCAACGACAUAGGUAUUCUCAAAAUGGUUGACUUCGGUGCAGCUAAGGUAUUGCAGAGGAACAAGACGAUCGCAAAAACUCGUAUGAAUGGCGGCAACAAGGAGGGUCCAGGCGGAUCACUUGCCGGUACUCCUAUGUACAUGUCUCCAGAAGUCAUCAAAGGUGAAGGUGAUAAGGCGGGAGUGUUUGGUGCGAUGGAUGUGUGGUCAUUCGGGUGUGUGUUGCUCGAAUUAUGUACUGGACGUAAGCCAUGGCAUGGUCUCGAUAACGAGUGGGCUAUUAUGUUCCAUAUCGGUGUCUCUGGCCAACCACCUCAACUGCCUUCUACGAAUGAACUUAGCGAACUUGGUAUAGACUUCAUCAAGCAGUGCCUCAUCAUUGAUCCGAAGAAGCGUCCUACUGUGGAUGAACUACUCGAUCACCCUUGGAUUGAGAAGUUCAGAGAGGAAAUUGAGUUGGAGUAUGAGGAUGAGAUUGUACACCGCUCUUCGCACAAGGGGGAUAAUGACAAGGGCAAUAAUUCUGAUGCAAUGGCAUCUGUAGGAAAUUCAAUUGACGGUUCACACGCCCUCGGCACUCCCUCAUUCGAGUGA